AUGGAGAUGAACAACGAUGAGGCGACUCUUCGCCAACUCGAAGAUGAGCUCCACGUCAAGAUCUACCCCGGUACGGAGAUCAUGACCGAUGUAGGCUCGCAUCAUUUCGUGAGACAGUCGGGCGCAUCGUCGAAUGUCUUGGUUCCUCAGCCGUCCCAGAACCAGAACGAUCCUCUCAAUUGGAACAAGUACUGGAAGUUCACCACUAUCUUCAUCGCGAUGGCAAGCAAUGUCAUUAUGGGUAUUGGCCCCUUGGCGCUAGCUCCAAUGUUUGGAGAUCUGAUGGGAGCAUUCAACUCUGAUCUGGCUGCUGUUGUGCAAUUCACCGGAGUGUGCAUUCUGGUUCUGGGAUUCAGCAACUUCUUCUGGGUUCCCAUCGCAGACACAUUCGGAAGGAGACCCGUUUUGAUCUUCUCUUCCGUGGUGUGCUUGGCGUCUAACAUUUGGCGGGCCAAAGCAACCACCUAUGGAAGCUUCAUGGGCGCUUGCGUCUUGAAUGGGUUUGGUGCUGGACCAUGCGAGACUCUUUGCCCGCAAGUUAUUACCGAUAUCUUCUUCCUUCAUGAGCGAGGCUACUACAACACCAUGUACUUCGCUCUCUACUUUGGCUCCCUGAUGGUUGGCCCCAUUAUUGCCGGCUCAAUGGCUCUCCAUGUUGGAUGGCGUAGCUUCUGGUGGCUCAACGUUGCGAUGUUUGUCUUCAUCAUCAUCGUCGGAGUCUUCGCCUUUCCAGAAACAAAGUGGCAUCGCGCUCAUCCCGAUGAGAUCCAAAAGACUCAAGCUACAGUCACUUCCACAGUGGAUUCUGCGGAUGCAAAGGAAAAGGAAGAAUCCCCCGAGGGCUCCUCCAAGAACGUCCAGACGCAUUUGGAGGUCCAGACCCCAGCAGUCGAGGACGAUGCUAUGGAUCCAUUCCUCCACAAGGGCAAACCCUCGAAGAAACAGUUCCACAUCUAUCAGCCCGAUGCUCACUGGGCCAAGACUUUGCUUCUCGCAUUCUGGGUCCCUUGGCGCUUGCUCGCGUUCCCAAUUGUUGAAUAUGCUGCGUUCGUGGUUUCGUGGUCUGCCAGCUGUUUCCUGACGGCCAAUCUCACACAGAGUCAAGCCUUUGGAGCCCCACCCUACAACUGGUCCAGCCAGUCUAUUGGUUUUACCAACUUUGCCAGUCUUGUUGGUGCUCUGCUCGGAUUGCUCACUAACGGCCCCCUCUCUGACUGGAUCUCAAUGAGAGCGACAAACAAGAACAGGGGUAUCAGAGAACCGGAGAUGCGUUUGCCUACGCUGAUUCCCUAUGUGAUAAUCUCCAUUCUCGGGAACUUUAUCAUCGCGUUUGGAUACGAGUAUCACUGGGACUGGAGGAUCAUUGUCAUCAUUGGUUACACUUGCGCCGGUAUCCAGGUCACAGCCCUGCCCGCUAUCGCGAGUACCUACGCCGUCGAUAGCUACAAGCCCGUUGUCGGAUCAGUCUUCAUCGCGAUCACCGUCAACAAGAAUUUAUGGGGCUACGGCUUCAGCAAAUUCAUCACGGCGUGGACUGAGGAAUCUGGCUAUAUCCCGGCGAUCAUGUUGAACAUGUGUCUCACUGUUUUGUGGUGCUCUUUCGGCAUCCUGUUCUACUUCUACGGAAAGAACUGCAGAAAGUGGACCGCUGGCUCGAGUAUCUGGAAGCUUUAG